ACAUGAUUAGGCCAAACAAAACAUUUACUUUCUUAUUACUUAUUACUACCUAAUUACUUAUUAAGUUAUUAGGCCUACUUUCCUUGGGUUUAGACUUUAGAGGAUAACUGAAGAAUAAACCAAAAUCAAUGGCUAAAUACUAAACUAAAUAAAAUAUAUCAAUAGCCAGAAAUUAACUUUAAACAGCAGUGUUUGCGAGCAAGAUUUGCCUAACCUAUAGCCUAUAACAGUGAGUAUAACUAGGAACAACAACGACAACAAGAAAUGGAGCAAAGUCAAAGUAAUGAAAGUGAAAUUAUUAGUAUGCUACGUGAAAGUGAUAGAAAGUUUAAGAUCGUGUGGUGGAAACAUUACUUGGCAAACAAUGAAGUGAACUACCGUAUAAACAAUAAUCCACUCUAUGCAACUAGUAUCUUUCCUGGACUGCACUACACUGACAUAGACAAAGAUGGAAAAAUAGGACUUAUGAAAGCGGUUGACUUUCUACAAAGUGCUGAAAUAUUUCUUGAAAACCACCCAGAAAGGUAUUCACAGGGAGACAAGCAUGCUUUUUUAGACUUGGACAUGGCUCUGGAAGGCCGAACUAUAUUUGUCGCUGCCUCUGAGUACACUUUCUCCAGAGCAUGGUACAAUAAUAGCAUCCCAAAGUGGUCUUUUGUAGCAAAAGAAUCAUUUUGUGGGCUAGGAAACACAUCACUAUUGCUUAUUGUAGAUCUAUUUUUACCAAAUUCUUCAGAACCAAUCAUCUCAAGGAUUAAUAAACUGAUAUCAGUAGAUAGAAUUACCCGCAAGCCUGUUGCCUUCCCUGAUUGGUAUAAGAAGAAAAUGCAUGGCAGGGAGGUGGUGAAGCUGGGUGAAUUCAAAGUGGAAGGGUUUUCUAAACCUGCACGCACAUUUGUGAGGAGAGUUCAGAUUGUUUGGUCAGAUACAGACAGCAACAACCACGCCACUUUUUCCAGCUACAUCAGGUUUGGCCAAGACACAUUGCUGUUAGCUGUUCACAAAGCUCAAAAACUAAAUACUCCACACCGCCAAAACUUAUCAACUGCUGUAACACCUGCAAGUUUAGAACCAGGACACAGAACCCCCAGCCAGAAACAGGCAGGUGGGGUCAUGGUAGACUCUCAUCAUCAGAACCCAUCUCCACUGUCCAUCACAAGUGAUAUUCUGAAUAAUGGUGUCAAGCAUCUUAAAAUUUGUUUCAUUAAAGAGUGUUUAGAAGGGGAUUUUAUUGAUGUCCAUUUAUGGCAAGAAAAGGGGGAGGAGCUUCAAGUGAGAUGUUCAAUAGAGAAUCUUGAAGGUGUCCCUAUCUGUCAAUUUACACUCGAAUACUAUAGCGCUCUUUCAAAACUGUGAUGUUUUUUUUUUUAAAACAAAUUUAAUCAGGGUUAUUUAAUUAUAUUGGUUUAGAAAAUAUCCAGAAUUUGUUUUUUGGAUAAAUGUUUCAGGUGGUGAAGGCUAAGUUAGACAAGCAAAAAGUUAUCACGAUGCCUAUUGAAUUAGGUCACAUUUCAUCAUGCCAGUUUUUUAACAUGUAUUGAUAUCUUUCAAUGUAAUGCAAUCUUUUACCAUGUCAUAUCUCAACUUGCCAGCCUUCAUCCUAUUAGCUUACAUUCUAUCAGCUUUUAUUCUGUUAGCUCUCAUUCUGUCAACUUUUAUUCUGUCAACUUUUAUUCUGUCAACUUUUAUUCUGUCAACUUUCAUCCUGUCAGCUUUCAUUCUGUCAACUUUUUUUCUGUC